AUGCUCUACGCAGACAAGUACCGGCCCAAAGCGCUGGAGGACUUUGACCUGCACAGCGACGUAUCAUGCAACCUAGCAAAGCUGAUCUCGCAAAACGAUUGCCCGCACGCCCUGUUCUACGGCCCCCCGGGGGCUGGCAAGAAGACUCUCAUCCUGGCGCUCCUGCGGGAGGUGUAUGGCCCCGGCGUGGAGAAGCUGAAAGUGGAGUGCAAGCCCUGGAAGAUCGAGCUGCCCACCCGCACGCUGGAGGUGGAAUUCACCACGCUGGCCAGCGCAUACCAUGUGGAGCUGAACCCUAGCGAUGUGGGUAACAACGACCGGUAUGUGGUCCAGGAGAUCAUCCAGGAGAUGGCCAAGAAUCGGCCCGUGGGCGUCAGCUCCGAGCGCAUGUUCAAGAUGCUGAUCCUGAAUGAGGUGGAUCGCAUGAGCAAGGAGGCCCAGCACUCCCUGCGCCGCACCAUGGAGAAGUAUUCUGCCGCCUGCCGCAUCGUGCUCUGCUGCAGCAACGUGUCCAAGGUGAUCGAGCCGGUGCGGUCGCGCUGCCUUUGCGUGCGUGUGCACGCGCCGACGCACCCCCAGAUCGAGGCCAGGCUGCGGGCGGUGGCGGCCGCGGAGGGCUGGGCCCUGCCCGCGCAGCUGGCCGCGCGCAUCGCGCAGGCCAGCGACCGCAACCUGCGCCGUGCGCUGCUGGCGCUGGAGGCCUGCAAGGCCCAGCAGUUCCCCUUCCAGGAGGGGCAGGCCGUGGCGGCCGCCGACUGGGAGCUCUACAUCCAGGAGAUUGCCGCCGAAAUCAGGGCCGAGCAGAGCCCCAGGCGCCUUCACACAGUGCGCGGCAAGGUCUACGAGCUCCUCGUCAACUGCAUCCCCCCAGAGAUCAUCAUGCGCCGGUUGGCGCUGGAGCUGAUGCAGAAGCUGGACGAUGAGCUGCGGCAGAGCGUGGCGGAGCAGGCCGCCUUCUUCGAGCACCGGCUGCAGGAGGGUUCCAAGGCCAUCUUCCACAUCGAGGCCUUUGUGGCGAGGUUCAUGGCCGACUACAAGAACUUCCUGCUCGCAGCCAUGGCAUGA